AUGCCUCAAAGUAGUCUCGACAGAAGUGGACAAUCCAAAAUUCUUUUAGAAAACUUGUCAUUACCAAAAUCAUCGAAAUCAAAAAGAAAAGAGAAAAUGAUACCAAUGAAAGUAAUGCCAGUGCCUGCACUACUGACAAAACAACCAUAUAUACGCCCGAUCGUCUCACCAGAAACACUACAUAAUAAAGAACAAGAGGUGAAACAAAGAAGUUCUCGAGUACCAGAAAGCGUAGUAUCGAUGGCAAAAAAAGCAUCCGUGAAGGAAUUAGCAGCACGUAGUUUUACAUAUAACGAGAAUGCGGAUAGAGCUCGAUUUAAGUAUGAUCUUAAAGAAUUGCGGAUGCAAUAUAUUAGAGAUCAUGAAGAAAAGCAACGAGAAAAGGCUGAAAAACGACAUAAGGGUCGAAUGGCUCGAAGAGAACAAAGAAUGGGUCGGCGUCCUGUUGUUUCUCGUAUUGAUACUACUCCUUCUAGGUAUCUAACAAUUAGAAACGAUCAAUCUUCCGAAAGACCAAAAAUAAAAGCUUCAAAAGAGGAAAAAAAGGAGAAACUGGACAUCGAAAUUCACAACAUCAUUAAACAAUAUACUACCGAUCCAGAGUUCAUACGGAAACACCAAGAAGCACGUCGUCUACGUGACGCUGGAACAAUGCUUUCUCUCAGUUCCGCUCACGAAUUUGAUAUGGACGCAUAUCGUGAACGUAAACGAGCACGCGCAUUAGUCAAUUAUGAAAAACGAGAAACCAGUUUACGCGAAAAACGUCUAUCACAACUAAUUAAAUUAUAUCACAACACUACAAGUUUCGUCAAUCUUGAAAACCUUGACGACGUGGUGGAUCGCGUAUUUGCUAAAGAUGCCGGAGAAAAACCAUUCCUGAAUGCGAAUUUACGCGACCUGCAAGUGAAAUUGCGAGAAGGUGGUGGCGUGAUUGAUGGUGAACAGUUGCAAGAGAGGGUGGACAAGAUUCGCGAUGUUUUGGAGGGAACUGUUCACGGUGGAAAACAUUUUGGAUUAUAUAAAUUAAGAAAAUUCAUAAAGAAUAAUUCACAUCUAUUGACGAAUAAUGGUAAUCAUAAUAAGCCUGAAAAGCAAAAAAUACUCCGUUCGAAUGUUUGGUGA